AUGUCCAAGUCACCGCAUGUUUCCCCCGACGUUAGGUCGUCCCUACCAGACCUCCUCCCUCCACCCUCCUACACCGAAGCCAUCACGUCCCCCUCCGGCCCCUCUGGCCCCUCCCGAUACGACACAUCCUCCGUUCCGACUCCCACCCGAACAGGCGAAUCCCCCCUAACCACUCACCUUCGCACCCUUCCUUCGCGCCUCCGCUCCGCUCAACACUCGCACUCAACGGCCCAGUCCUCUCGCGACGCUUUUCUCGUAGCACAAUGCGUACCGUAUAUCGAGUGGUUUAUCGAAGACGUUGUAAACAUGCCCAAGACGCCCAAGGUGGCCGAAUUGGUGCUGGUGCCGACGGAGGGGUUACCAGGGGUGGAGUCUUCAGAAGAAGCGACCUCUACGGGGAGAGAGCUGGCUAGGAAGAGGGCGGAGAGGGAUGAUAAGGGGUGGGAGUUGGUUGGGGCGAAGGAGCGAAGGGAGGAGGGGGAGGUGGUGAAGGUUGUUUGUGUGUCUGCGGCUCCUGACCAGGGAGGGCAAGUGACGGACGAAAAGGGGAGGACGGUGGACCGGAAGCGCACGGGGGAGGAUUCAGGCUCAGGUUCGGCACCGGCCCGGCCGGGUGAUUACACCUUCGGAGAGUGGGGCAGAUUCGAGACCGGGACAUCACCCUCCUCUUCUCGCUCUCAGUUCGGGCCCGAGGAAGCAUGGAACUGGUUUGCUACCCCCACUCUCGCCCGCCGAAUCGCCUCGCUACUACGUCCCGAACCGACUCUUGCCCGUAAAACCAUCCAAGCAGCCGUCGAGUCACCCAAAUCUCCAACCUCCCCUUCCUCCAAGAAGUCUGGUUUCGGUAGUUUCUUCCGCAGAACCUCAAAGUCUGAGCCGCAGACACCGACACCGACGGAGCGGCUCAUAACACCUGUUAGGGACGGUGCAAUGAUAGAGCAAGAUAGGAUUACUAUGACGGUUAGGGCGGAGGAAGUCACGUUUAGGAGGGAGAACGAGUUUGGGUUAUGGGAGAGUGUAGGGGGCUGGGGUGUUGUUGUUUCCAUCAAAGUGGGAAGGCUGUAAAUUGGGCCCUGUCAACCUCCAAGUUGAUGGCCAAAUAGAUGGCUGCCUGGUAAUGUGGAUGGAACAGGGCUAUUUUGCGAACAUAAAUUUGGAAUGAUGAGUAGUUGCAAGAUUCGUAGAGGUCGCCACACUUAGCUGCAAUACAAAGUACCAUACCUGUGUGAACUCAU